AUGUACGCGACAAAAUUACUUCCUCGCUGCGGCUACCGCCUACCUCUACGCCGCGCGUUCCAGACCGCUGCUGCCCCUAACAGCCGUGCCUCCGAUUUUGCUUUCGCUUUCGAUAUCGACGGAGUACUCCUGAGGAGUUCGGACGCAUUACCGCGAGCUCGAAAGGCCCUCACUUAUCUCCAAACGCAGCGCAUUCCCUUCAUACUCUUGACCAAUGGCGGCGGCAAACAUGAAUCCGAGCGCGUGGCCGAGUUGAGCAGUAAACUGGACGUGGCUAUCGAUACGUCCAUGUUUGUCCAGAGUCACACCCCCUUUGCCGACAUGAACGACCUAAAGGACAAGACAGUCAUGGUUGUUGGCGGAGUGGAGGAUAAAUGCAGGAGAGUUGCCGAAGCAUACGGCUUCAAAAAUGUUGUCACCCCUGGCGACAUUCUAGUUGCUCAUCCCGAAGUAUGGCCUUUCUCCCAGCAAUUGCUAUCAUACUAUAAGACCUUCACUCGACCGCUGCCGACCCCAAUCGAUGCUACCACACCAUCGACCUCGCUUCGCAUCGAUGCUGUCUUUGUGUACAAUGACCCGCGGGACUGGGGUUUGGAUGCGCAGAUCAUUAAGGAUGUUCUGUUGUCAGAGCGUGGCAUCAUUGGGACUCUGUCCAAGAAGAACGGCAACCCUGCUUUGGAGAACCGGGGUUAUCAGCAAGACGGGCAACCACCACUUUACUUCUCGAACCCAGACCUACUGUGGGCGGCGAAAUACCACUUACCACGCCUAGGCCAAGGAGGAUUUCGCGAAGCGUUCGAAGGCAUCUGGGCUGCAAUAACCGGUGGCGAGGCACAAGGUGUCAAGCUGCAAAAGGUCGUGAUGGGUAAACCACACCAACCUACAUAUGAAUUCGCAGAGAAGCGCCUGAUAGCGCAUCGGCAUAACAUAAUGCAACGCUACGGUAGUCCUCUUGGGCAUCUCAAGCGUGUGUAUAUGGUCGGUGAUAAUCCGGCGAGUGAUAUUGCUGGCGGUAAUGAUUACAGGAGCCCGUACGGCACAGACUGGGCUAGUGUGUUAGUAGAGACAGGUGUCUAUCAGAAGGGCACAAAACCAACACCUCAGCCUCGCAAGAUCGUGGGCGAUGUCUGGGAUGCCGUUUCGUGGGCUGUUGAACAGGAAAACUGGGUAUCUUCAGCUAACACUCCUUGA